AUUCGCGUCAGGCAUGGACGCCUUUUACUCUGCCUUCCCCCUCCUUCCUGUCGCGCUCGUCGUUCCCGGGCUGUAUCUCGUCCAUGCGCUCUUCACUCGUCGACGCCUUCCUUUGCCACCAGGUCCUCGGGGAUGGCCUGUCAUCGGCAACCUGUUCGAUCUCCCUGAUCACUACAGGUGGAUCAAAUUUGCGGAAUGGGGGAAGAAAUACGGGGACAUCGUGUACACAUCGAUCGUCGGACGCCCCAUCAUCAUCUUGAAUAGCCUCCGAGCCGCGGAUGACAUCCUCGUUGAGCGAUCGGUGCUCAACUCAGAUCGGCCUAAAUCCACUUUCUCAGGUGACAUGGUUGGGUGGAAUGCUACUCUCGUUAUGCUCAAUCACGGAGAGCCCUUCCGACAGACUCGAAGGUACAUUCACCAGCUGAUCGGCACGAAGGUCAACGUCUGUCAGUUCGAACAUGCUCGGGAGAUCGAGACACGACGGUUCCUGUUGCACAUGUUGGAGAAGCCAGGUGAUCUGCAAGAAGGCGCCCGCAUUGCGAUCAGUUCCUUCAUUCUGCGUCUAUCACAUGGCUACACAGUUGAUACGACCAAGCCUGAUCCUCUCGUUGAACUAGCCCGACUCGCGAUCAAUGACUUCACUGUCGCCAACGAGCCUGGUGCAUUGCUCGUCGAUUCUCUCCCCAUUCUCCGACACAUCCCCGACUGGUUCCCCGGUGCCGGCUUCAAACAGAUGGCGCGGGACUUCCGGAAAACAUUCCAGGAGCUCGUGGACGUUCCUUUCGAGUUCGUGAAAAAACAGAUGUCUACCGGUAAAGCGCUUCGCUCCUUCACAUCGGCCAUGCUCGAGGAGGGCGCGUCUGCGGAGGAACAGUUUCUUAUCAAGUGGACAGCGAUCUCUCUCGACACCGGAGGCGUCGAUACGUCGGUCGCGACCAUCUGCACCCUUUUCCUGGCCAUGGUACUCCAUCCCGAAGUCCAGAAAAAAGCCCAGGCGGAGAUCGAUGCGCACAUCGGACCCACUAGGCUUCCCACUUGGGACGAUAAAGAGAAGCUGCCAUAUGUGAGCGCCGUGCUCAAAGAAGUCCUUCGCUGGAACCCGCCUGCCCCUUUGGGAACUCCACAUACGUCGUCACAGGACGAUGCUUACGGAGAGUACUUCAUUCCCAAGGGCGCGACGAUUGUGGGUAAUAUCUGGGCGAUGUGUCAUGAUGAGAGGGUCUACAGCGAGCCUAUGCAGUUCAACCCUGAACGAUUCUUGGGGGAAGACGCAGAGCCCGAUCCAUUCGCAGCCGUCUUCGGGUUCGGACGCCGUGCUUGCCCUGGCCGACAGCUCGCCGAGGUGUCGCUCUUCGUGUACGCGGCCAUGAUCCUGGCGUCGCUCGACAUCAGCCGGGCGCGAGAUCAGCAUGGCGCGGAGAUUGUGCCCCCCGCCGAGUUUGCUUCGAAUCUGAUCAGCCACCCGAAGCCGUUCAAAUAUCGCGUUGGACCUCGGUCGCCCGCGGCUGAACUGCUCAUCCGACACGUCGACGAGGAGAGCCCGCGGUCAAAGGGCGACGCCAUGCUCUUGCCGCCGCAUAUCCAAGGCAUCGUCGCUCGGUAAGCGCUGCUGCCAGGGCCAUCCUCGGCCUCUCGCUUCCCGGUCCCAGCUCGGCCUUCAAGGCUUCCACCGCAAGCUGCCGCUCGGUUUCUGGCCUUCGCGAGCCUGAUUCCGAACGCGACGACGGACGAGACGUGACGGUGGCCUAACCCGGACUUACGUUUGAUUUACGAAUUAUCCACGCUAUCCCCUGCCGUUCCUCAUAACCCAUGACAUUCCCAUGACUCAACACUACGUACUGCCGCGGCCCGCUGCCGCAACCUGCGGUAGUGCUGUCAAUUCCUCUUCUCUCGCUGACUGCUAUCAUUUCCGACGUUCUCGACCCGCACACAGUGCAUCGUCUGUAAUGCCUCGGGGUUGUUGUAUGACUUUGUUGUAUGUACAGUACUUUCAAGCUAUUUGUCGUGUCUUUGCUUCGG